AGUCGUGGCAAAUAUUCACUAGGUAGUAAAACUCAUCAGCACCCACUUUCCUCGGAUAUUACCCGUCUUUGGUGAUGGAGGACGUGACUGCCGGGUUGAGCAGCCUUUCUUUUGAAAACGGACUGAACGAAGACGAAAAGAAAUUUCUUCACCUGCGUGCGCGCUCCGCUGGACGAACAUUUUGCGGGUGCGCGCACGCAGCUUUCAUGUGCGAGCUCAUCCUGUCACUGAGGGGUAUUGUGAGAAGGCACACAUCAAACAGAGGCUCGCUGGAUUCAGGAGAUGACGGUGAACUCUGUGUGGGGAUACUUGGGAUGGGUCACCUUGGAAAACAGCUGCUCCAAGCCCUCCUUGAAAAGACCAGCAUCAAACCAUCACAGAUUAAGAUAUCCACUAGAAGACCAGAAUUAGCCGUGGAGUUUGUCCAGGCGGGAGUUGAAUGUUUCUUUGACAAUGGCAGACUGGCUACGUGGGCAGAUGUUCUGUUCCUCUGCUGCCUGCCCUCUCACCUCCCCAGAGUCUCUGCUGAUCUCCACUCCAGUCUGCCAAAGCACUGCCUGGUGUACAGCUUCACCUCUGCAGUGCCUGUCGCCAGAUUAGCUGAACUUUUUGGCCACAAGCACAUCCUGAGACCACAGUAUGACUUUGUUGUGUGUGACACUCCAGAUGUGUGGCUGUCCUGCACAUGUGUGACCACAGCUUUGACAGAUUCUUUGCUGAUAGAGGCUUCCUGUCCUCUGUCAAUGAAAGGUGGGAUCUCCCUGGGACUGAAAUGGGUGUGUGCAGUGUUGUACAGCCUCUUGAAUAUCUGCACAUCUGCCAGUCUGGGAUCCAGUGAGACUCUCUCUCUGAUAAACAGCAUAUUUAAAGAGAACCCCGUGCAAUUAAAUGCACAGAGUUUCAUAAAUUCAUCGUAUGCAUCUUCACUUCGUUCAGACGAGUCUUUUCCCUGGAUUUCACUCACCGAUGCCCAGAGCAAGGAGACACCAUUGCUGCGCUUUCUAUCGAGCAGUGAAUCUAUGCGGCAGUGCAUCUCUGCAGCAUACAAAUCACAACUGGAAACUACUUGUACAACCACAUCCUGAUAUAGGACUCGCAUUACUUGCAGUUUUUAAAAUCACUGAGAAAAAUCAAGGACACUGUUUGUUCUGUGACACUUUUAUAUGGUGUUACAGUGUGUUCUUUUGCACUACAAUAAGAUCAUUUGUCAUAUUGUCUAAAUGCGUAAAAAAAAAUUCUUCAUGAAACACUGAAUUACACUGAUUACAAAAGAGGAAACGAAAGUAAAAAAAAUAUAAAUUCAGAAAAACACAGUAAAAUAAGAAAAUAAAUGCCUCUGUUUUACGGCUUGACUUUAUGCUAUUGUCUUGCAUUAAUCAUUUUUAAUAAAUAAAUAUUUCUUAUUCAGGAAGUUCUUAUUCA